UGUGCUUUUUUUUUUAAGUGCGGCUCUCAGCUGCCGAGGCGGAUGAUGAUGAUGGCGGAGCUGGUUCAGGGACAGGCCUCGGUGGCUCAGCCCGGAACGAAAGAUGACUUCGCAGACACGAUACGCCGGGUCCGACAGAUGACAGCCAAGAUGGGAGGAGACCAGAUGCCCAAUAUGAACAGUUCAUCUCCAGUCUUGGACCCCUCCAUGUAUGGCUUUGGAGGCCAGAAACGUUCACUAGACAAUGGAGUGGGGAACCAUCUCAGUGCAAUGGUACAUCAAAGGGCUUUUACAACAGAAGACUUCAAAGUGCCUGAUAAGAUGGUGGGAUUCAUCAUUGGAAAAGGAGGCGAGCAGAUCUCAAGAAUUCAGCAGGAAUCAGGUUGUAAGAUCCAGAUUGCUUCAGACAGUGGAGGCAUGCUGGACAGACCCUGCACGCUGACUGGCAGUCCAGAGAACAUAGAGCAGGCAAAGAGGCUUCUGUGCGAGAUUAUCGAGCAGUGUAGGUAUGGUCCAGGCUUCCACAAUGAGAUGGACGGGAACAGUUCCAUUCAGCAGAUCCUGAUCCCUGCAAACAAAGUCGGCCUGGUGAUUGGAAAAGGAGGAGAGACCAUUAAACAACUGCAGGAGAGAACAGGAGUGCAGAUGAUAAUGAUUCAGGAUGACCCCAUGCCCACUGGAGCAGACAAGCCCCUGAGAAUCACUGGGGAUCCCCACAAAGUGCAGCAAGCCCGUGAACUUGUGGUGAAGCUCAUCCGGGACAAAGACCAAGGGGACUACAGAGCUGGCAGGGCAGAUUUUGGCUCCAAAAUGGGUGGAAGCAGUCUGGACGUGGUUGUGCCUAGAUUUGCUGUUGGCAUCAUCAUUGGCAGGAAUGGCGAGAUGAUCAAGAAGAUUCAGAAUGACGCUGGGGUCAGGAUCCAGUUCAAGCAAGAUGACGGUAUCAGCCCCGACCGUGUAGCUCAGGUGAUGGGACAGCCCGACCACUGUCAUCAUGCGGUCCACCUCAUCAAUGAACUCGUUCAGACAGCUCAGGAGCGAGAUGGAUUUGGCGGCGUAAUGGGACGUCGAGGGCGAGGUGACUGUAACAUGGGAGGGCCUGGAGGUCUGCAAGAGAUGACAUAUGCAGUACCAGCUGAUAAGUGUGGCCUGGUGAUUGGCAAAGGUGGAGAAACCAUCAAGAACAUCAAAGAGCAGUCUCGUGCCCACGUGGAGCUGCAGAGAAACCCGCCGCCCAACACCGACCCCAACGUGCGCAUCUUCUCCAUCCGAGGCACCCCUCAGCAGAUGGAAAAGGCCCGCCAGCUGAUCAAUGAGAGAAUUGGGGGCCCAGGAAUCGGGGGGAACAGCACCUUCGGUAUGAAUCCCUACAACCAAGGACCAACCACUCCCCCGCAACAUGGGCCUCAGACGUUCAUGACUGGAGGAUGGGGGACAACUUUUCAGAUAUGGCAACCCCAAGGACAACAGGAUAACGGUCACAAUGGAUCCCAGACGGGCCAGAUGGACUGGGAGCAGUAUUACAAAAAGUUAGGUCAGCAAACCCAGGCCCAGAGUACUGUUCCUGAAUACAACAAAGGAUGGGGCCAGGCGGCUAGUCCUGGAUCUCAGCAGACCUCCAAUCCUGACUACAGCACCUGGGUUGACGUCUACAGACAGCCGAUGGCCUUCUUCAGCCAGGGCGCUCAGACGCAAGCCCCGGGUCUUCAGGAUCAUUAGAGAAGGCGCCCAGGUUAAAGACUUGAAUCACUGAGGAUGAAAACAACCCUUCUUCUUCUUCUUUCUUUUUUUUUUUAAACUGGGGGUGGGGGUGGGGGGGUCUAGAUUUCCAGCGCCUUGAAGACUUUUUUUUUUUCUUAGUGAGAAACACUAGCUGUAGAGUGACUUAUAUAAUAAAGUAAUAUUUCUAAAAUCAGGAACAUUUAUUUGUUACUAAAUGCUUAUGUACACUGUUAUUUUGGAUAGACAGUAUAUGGGAUCCCUUUGUUCUUUGGACUUGAGAGAGCUGUUCUGUUAUAUUUUUUUUCUAUAUUUUCCUGUCUUUGCUCAGUUUGCGCGCCAAAAUGAACCCAAGAGUUGUAACAUUUCAAAAGGCAAUAUGAUCUAUUUUUUUCUAGCUCUGUCGAAAUGAAACCAUGAUUGUGUGCUUAGCAGUCUUGAAUACAGUGUUUUGUUGUCACAUGUCAUAAGAUGUUUAAAACGUUUGUUUAAAAUGUUUUUUCUCUCCUUUUACAUAAUUCAAUAAAAUGAAACUGUGAUGUUUUUGUUACAGGUUUGUUUUGGGUUUUUUUUGUUUUUUUAAAGGUUAAAAGGUUUAAGGUGGGUUAAUGUCAGCCAGUGGCAAUAGUUCUAAUUUAAUUCCUGUUGUGCAUUGUUAUGCUGUUUCAUUGUCAUUUUUAUUGUACUCUGGUUUAAAGAAAGGUGCAAUAUCUUAUUUCACUUUUGAAACAAAGAUGGGUUCUCUAAUAUUUUGACAGACUUUUUAACUUGUAGUUUUAAGAUGAUUUUUUUUUUUCCAAAUGCAAAUGUCAUGGAUAAUUUAUUACACUGAUCUGAUUUAGGGGGAUGUUGCAAAUAGCUUUUUUGACUUUGCUACCUUGUACAACUAUGUAUAUAUAUGCUCAUAUAUUUGACUGUUUAAUUUAAACAUCUGUUUCAUAUAUAUAGAUAUAUAAAUACUUUUUUUCCUGCGAUCAGAGUUGCAGGAAAAUUGUCCCUCUUUUUCUGUUCUGUUUUCAUACUGAAAAUGUUCAGAUUGUGAAUGUGCGAUUUGAAAUUUGAUGUUGCAUCUUGUUAUGAAGCAAAACAAGACGUGGUGGAUUUUGUUUUUAUUUUAUUUUUCUCUCCUCUCCUGGGUGUGUGUUCUGUACCUGAACUAUUCAAGACUGCUAAGCCCCUGUAAUUCGUACCUGUGUAAUAAUUAAUGUAGUAUUUUAUGUUUUAAGUAUUAUGAUCAAAACCUGUCUUAUUUGGUACCUCCCAGUUCGCCGGCGCCCCCUCUGAGCCCUUGCUGUGGACUCGGCGGGGCGUUGGACUCAGUCCAAUGCUAAUACCUUUUUAUUUUUUUUUUUUUUUUUUUUUUUAAUUUUCUUGUGUGAUCUAAUAUAAAUGAUGCGUCAUUAUAGCAAGUGAUUCUGGUUAUUAACGUCAUUUCUUAAUGAAAAGGGAUAUAAAUUCAAAAUGUCUAAUUAUGGUGUUUAUUUUGUUUGGUUCUUUUUCCUCCUCUUGUGUACAGUUAACCAUGUAUUGAAAACAUCCGGACUACCUUUAUUGUGUACUGUUGAGCUGAAUUUUUAUUUUAUUUUCUUUUUUCUGUUUGAAUAUUGUAAUCAUUUGGAUGUCUUUGGUUGUAUUCUGAUACUAAAGUGUUAAAUUUCACAUCUGAAACUUUCUGAGAGCUCUAUUGUGUUCGUGUGUGUAUAUAUAUAUACUAACAGAUGAUACAUAGAGGAUAUAUAGGCCAAAUGUAUGUUUUCAUGUUUUAUAAGCAGAAUAUCUAUUUUCUAUAGUCCAUUGCCAGUUCUCAAAUUCAAAUAAAUUUUCCGCAAGCCUC